AUUCUGCAAACAACUGAACGAAGAGUGCCUGCCACGUACAAAAUUAUAGUAAUCGCAUUAUAUAAUGUCUUCUUUAACGAUUACCGUGCUGGCGUUCGUGGCAGUUGCAUCGUGUGGGCGUCUCGAACCCCAGUACUUACCACCGAGACCUGGCGGAGGUGGUAAUUCAGGACUGGGAGGAUUGGGAGGAAAUGGGGCAGGAUCAGGUAACGGAGGCCUCGGCGGAGGACCUUUUGGCGGCGGAAGCGGUUUUGGUGGGGGAAGCGGUUUCGGAGGCGGCUCAGGUGGAGCCAACAUCCCUAUCCUGCGUUAUGAGAAUGAAAACAACGGUGAUGGCACAUACAAAUUCAGCUAUGAAACAGGAAACGGCAUCUCAGCCCAAGAAAGUGGAGCCCCACGUGCUCAAGGGCCUGAAGGACCUGCUGUAACAGCUGAAGGGGCGUUCUCUUACCGUACUCCCGAUGGCCAGCAAAUUUCCCUCACCUACACCGCUGAUGAGAAUGGCUUCCAUCCCGUCGGUUCCCAUUUACCCACUCCCCCUCCUAUUCCAGAAGCUAUCCUCCAAUCGAUCGAGUUCAAUAGACGCAACCCAUCUUCUGAGGGCUCCUACAAUGGUGGAUCAGGAAGUGGUAGUUUUGGUGGUUCCGGCAGUGGCAGUGGGUUCGGCGGUGGUUCUGGUAGCGGAUUUGGAGGCUCCGGCUCCGGUUCAGGAGGCGCUGGCGGCUACCACUAUUGAUCUCAUUCAAACGCGUCUAACUGAGGACAGUUACUGAAUCGUAGUCAAAUUACAAUUUUAGUUUAACUAUUUGAUGCAAGCUCCUAUACAACCGCAUAUACUUCAAACGUUGUAAUAUUUCGUUUAAAGAUUUUCGUUUUAAAACUAAGAAACUUUGUCUAGAUUUACUUCUUUCAAGUUUGUUCUCUUUGACAAUAUGUACUAUUCUUAUUUUUUAUCUUUAAGCUUUUCUCACUAUCACUGACAAUAUUUCAUAAUCUUCAGUUUGACUUACAUUAAUAUAGCUUGAACAGGAUUUACGUUUAUUAUGAUUUAAUUUGAUUGCUUUGUUACGAUUCAGUAACAUUUUCUUAGUAGACAGUCGACCUAUGAAACUAAUUGAGGCUUUAUUUUAAUCUCUCGCGAUGUUAUUUGCUUAAUUUUAGCUAUAUUUAGAUAAUGGCUACUUCUAAGGAUCAUACUUCAUCUUAUCUUGUAUACUUAUUUAAUGUAAGAAUAGAUUAAAGGAAGUCGAUAUGACCCCAAGAGUACUAGGACUGUGAUACCACGAAACAGGCGAGCACUCAGUAAUUUAGUUAAGGCUUAAAAUGUAAAAUACCUAUGUAAAUAGGCAUGUGAAUAAAUAUGAAUGAUACUGA